CAACCGCCCGUGUUGAUCGCGCAGCUUCAACCGUCAUUAGUUGCUUCUUUCAACCACGCAACCACUUUCUUCUCCUUCUCCUUGGUGCUCUUUAUUCUUGUUUAUUGCUUUUUCCUCCCAGUAUUUGGCGGUCCUCCAUCAGCUCUCACGGUUGUAGUGCGGCCCGCGGGACAUCUUUCUUCCUACCGACCCCGACCUCCCUUCGAGCUCGCCACAACCCAUCCAAAUCCUUUCUGCCUGCUCCCUCUACCUUAUCGCGGUCCAUUGCAUCAGGUUGACGCAGCCUGAGGUGACCUGUCAAAUCGAUAUUCCACGACCUCAAGAGAACACCUUCACAACCUCCGUAGUACUAUACGGCCCCUUCCAUCUCAUCCGCCGUUGCUGGGCGUCCCAAUCUUCCUGUCCGGAUCCUCGGGGAUCAGAGUGAGCAACAACAUGCCUCUUUCCGAGUACUUUACAAGUCCUACAUCCCUCUACAACCGACAGCUCCUUGGCACACUGGUCGCUCGAGAUCAGAUACCCUUCGCCGACGAUGCAUUGCAGAUUCUCAAGAAGGUGCCUCCUCAUUCUGGCCACCCGAACUUCGGGCACCUCACCCUCCUCGUAUUCGAAGCUGUGUUGGAAGUGGUCUGUGUCAGUUUACCGGGAUACAUUGUGGCGAGACAGGGCAUGUUCGACGCUGAGGGACAGAAGUUGAUGGCGAAUCUAAACGUUAUGCUGUUUACUCCGUGUCUUAUCUUCACCAAGCUGGCGUCCCAACUCACGGCGGAGAAGCUGGUUGAUUUAGCCAUCAUCCCGGCCAUCUUUGUCGUCCAAACCUUGGUAUCGUUCCUGUGCGCGUGGAUUAUUGGGAAGGUCAUGAAGUUCAAAAAGAGACAGGCCAAUUUCGUUAUUGCUAUGGGGGUGUUUGGCAACUCCAAUUCUUUGCCCAUUUCGUUGGUCCUAUCCUUGUCCAAAACGCUCAAGGGACUACAUUGGGAUAAAGUCCCUAAUGAUAAUGAUGAGGAGGUUGGAGCUCGAGGGAUCCUAUACCUCCUCAUAUUCCAGCAAUUGGGUCAACUGCUCCGCUGGAGUUGGGGCUACAAUGUCCUGCUUGCGCCACCAGACAGCUACACGGAAGCAGAAGGUGGGACCAAGAAGGAAGAUCGCGUUGAACGAGGACGAGGAGAGUAUCGCGAGUAUACAGAUGAUGACCGCGAAAACCGUCGGCUUCUGAGCCCCAGUUAUGAUGGUAUUCGAGAUACCAGCGAGGACUUUGAAGAUUACGAUGACUACGAGGACGAGGAUGAUGACCAGACUCGCAUCGGGACCGAGUCUCCAACGACGGCAAAGUCGGAUGGUCUUAAAACUCCCCGUACUCCACACAACAGGUCCUCGAGGAAUUCUCCCAACCGACAGCUGAAUGGCUCCGCCCACGAGACACCGGACCUCAUGUCUACUCCUACCAACGGGAUGGUGGCUUCUCAUCACAGCAUCGACUAUCCUGCUUGGCUGGAAUAUCCAGAUCAUAAGAUGUACGACGAGGAUUGCGGAGGCGUCAGAGGACACAUCAACCGCGGAAGAAACGUGGUGCGAUAUCACUUUUUGAGAUUUGGGCAUAUAAUUCAGAUGAGGUCGAGGCGGGCCUUCGACUCUCUUCCAAAGCCCGUGCAGAAAGCCCUGUCAUACACUGGGGCCAAAAUUGGAGCUUUCCUGGCCGGCGUGUGGGAGUUCAUGAACCCACCGUUGUGGUCGAUGUUGGUUGCGAUUAUCGUGGCAUCUGUGCCCUACCUUCAGCACCUCUUCUUCGACAAGGGGACUUUCUUGGCAAAUUCCGCUACUCGAGCAGUGCAACAAAGCGGUGCCGUCGCGGUGCCACUGAUUCUGGUGGUGCUUGGAGGCAACCUUGCCAGAAACACCAUCCCCAAAAAUCAACCAGGAGAUAUCACGGACCCAAAGGAGGAGAAGAGGCUUCUGUAUGCUUCACUGCUGGCGCGGAUGGUGUUCCCGACUAUUGUCAUGGCACCUUUUCUUGCCUUGGUCGCCAAAUACGUCCCAGUCAGCAUUGUCGACGACAAGAUCUUCAUCGUGGUUGCUUUCCUCCUGACUGGAGCACCAUCGGCGCUGCAGCUGAGCGCCAUCACGCAGACGAACAACGUGUAUCCCACGGUGAUGUCAAACAUCCUCUUUCAGAGCUACGUGGUCUGGAUCCUGCCAUCCACACUGAUACUGGUUCUCCUGGCUCUGGAGACGGUGGAGUGGGCGACGAACUGAAGUCCUGGAACACGCGUCAUUUCAGCAAUGGAAAGUGAAGGUAACUUCUGUGAGCUUAAUUUGUCGACCUUGGUUGACUGGGAAUGGAGUUAUGGAAAGGGUUACUUGUUGCUCUACCGGGCCAUAUGGCACUGCGAGCACCGUCGAUGGAGCAUUGUACUGAUACAGGCCUGAACGGACGGAUGGUGGGAUAUGGACAGACAGACCUCCGGAUAGGACAACCAAAAGAGACGACGAUCAAAUAUCUUCAUGUACAAUGACUUCAUCCUAUGCUAUAAUAGAGGAUGAACACCUGACUGUGGGGUUUCUGGCUAUGUCACUGUGGCUUAUGACUAGUUGUCGAUUCAUUCUGUAUGGCGCAGCGUCAAUGUUGGAUCAGGGCAUUGAUGCAUCUCAGUUGGACGUCGGCUAAAGCCUCAUACGUAUCCACCGAUGUAGAAUGACGUCGGAUGGUGGGAAUUGGGG